GGUGCUAAAGGAGACCGUGGUGUGAUUGGGGAUGCAGGUGAAAAAGGUGAACAGGGCCACCCUGGAAUGCCUGGCUUCUCAGGGGCUCCUGGAAACCCUGGUCCGCCUGGUAAAGAUGGCCCUCCAGGUCCACAGGGCCCACCAGGGUUGCCUGGACUUCCAGGCAUUGCUGGGAACGACGGCAAGGAUGGCAAGCCAGGAUCUCUUGGGGAACCGGGUUUCAAAGGACAGAGAGGAGAUACAGGUCCUCCAGGUCCUCGGGGGGAGCCAGGUGCGACAGGUCCUGCUGGGCGUGAGGGGCCGCCAGGGAAGGAUGGUGAUAUCGGUCCCAUAGGACCACAGGGCCCUCGAGGACUCAGAGGGCAGCCGGGCAAGAAUGGAUCGCCUGGAUCUGCAGGAGAACCUGGCCCCCCAGGUAACCCAGGUCCUAAAGGAAAUAAAGGAGAAAAUGGCAGCCCAGGACUCCCUGGCUUCAUAGGACCCCGAGGACCACCUGGAGAACCAGGAGAGAAAGGUCCUCCAGGAAAAGAGGGUGUACCAGGCAAACCAGGUGAAACUGGCUCCAAAGGAGAGAGGGGAGAGCCUGGCAUCAAAGGCGAAAAAGGCCCUCAAGGAGAAAAAGGCCCUCCAGGUGAACCUGGGAUACCUGGUCAUAAAGGCCAUCCAGGACUGAUGGGUCCCCAUGGACCCCCAGGAGACACUGGGCAAGUUGGACCUCCCGGUCCCCCAGGACAGCCAGGAUUUCCAGGACCAAGGGGGGAACCUCCAUCUCUAGAGACUUUGAGAAGGCUCAUCCAAGAGGAGUUAGCCAAGCAGCUAGAUGCAAAGUUAGACUAUCUCCUGGCUCAGAUACAGCCUACACAUGUAAAAGCAUCCCAUGGCAGACCAGGACCUCCUGGUCCCCCUGGGAAGGAAGGACUCCCAGGAAGAACUGGUCCUCCAGGAGAGCCUGGCCGGCCUGGACAGACAGGGUCUGAAGGGCCACCUGGACCUAUUGGUCCCAAAGGAGAAAGAGGAGCAAAGGGUGAGAAAGGAGAGACUGGUGUUGGCCAACGAGGGGAAAUAGGUCCUCCAGGAAUUCCAGGCCUCCCAGGGGAGCCUGGCUAUGCCAAAGAUGGGAUGCCAGGACCACCUGGCCCUCCAGGCGAAGCUGGGGUGCCUGGUCUCAUGGGUCCACAAGGACCUCCAGGAGCCAACGGACAGUGUGAUCCCACUCAGUGCGCUUACUACGCAAGCCUGGCUGCCAGACCCGCCAACGUCAAAGGGCCCUAGCAUGCAGGGAGUAUCCCCAGACUUGUUUUUAAAACUUGAAUUCAUCGUGCCUGCCAAGAGCUCUCAGAUGUCUUCAACUGUGUUUCUUUCGUGGGAGGCCUUCUAAAGCCAACAAAUGCUGCCGGUCGGUCAGAUUAUUUUUAUGAAUUAUUAUUAUUAUUAUUAUUAUCUUUGAUGUGAUAUGUGAAUUUGUUUUUGUUUUCUCUAAUGUCAGGGCAUAUUAAAACAUUAAAAAU